CAGCACAGAUUCUCUCCAAGCUACAGAGCAGGACUGAGCGUCCAGGCGAUCCUGUGUCUUCUCCAAGUCCAAAGCUGACCCAACAGGUCACCUCCAGAGCUUCAGGCACAGGGGAUCGCUAAGAAUCCAUCCUAUUACCCCAUUCAGCGCCUGUUUGCACUUUAGCUGAAGCUGUCCGUGGUGCUGAAAUCCGACCCCUUGACCUGUUGUGCUUAAAUUUCUGCAAACUUUAAACUUGGAUGUGGGGAGAAGACAUGGUGGCAGUGUGAUGGCAUCUGGAUGUGCUUCAGGCAGACCUUGCAUGGAGGUGUAUGGGGGCUUCUGGCGGUGCAGUGGGGAUGUAAAGAAGGCUAAGGUGCCCAUAUGAAAGUGCGCUUGUUUUACUCAGAGCUGGAGGAAGACAAGGGAUGUGGUUUAUGAUCCCCUCCAAAGAGAGUUGUUGGCCACGGGAAAUGUUUUUGAUCGGCCUUUUGAUUGCUUUGCGGGAAUCCAUGGCAGUGCCAACCCCUACAGCGGAGGAUAUAAACCGAGGAGUUGAUUGGUUGACUAGAUUUGGCUAUCUCCCCCCACACGAUCCUGUUACGGGACAACUGCAGACACAGGAAGAGCUUUCUAAAGCUAUCAAAGCAAUGCAAGAGUUUGGUGGACUGAAAGCUACUGGGAUUUUAGAUGAGGCCACCUUAGAACUAAUGAAAACGCCUCGCUGUUCUCUUCCCGACUUGUCCCAUUCACCAGUCACCAGGAAAAAGAGAAAUACACAAACAAUGACAAAGUGGAACAAACGGAAUCUGUCCUGGAGAGUUCGAACAUUCCCCAAAGAAUCAACUUUAGGACAUGACACAGUCAGAGCACUGAUGUAUUAUGCUCUCAAGGUGUGGAGUGAUAUCACCCCACUGAACUUCCAUGAAGUUGCUGGGAAUAAUGCAGAUAUUCAAAUAGACUUCUCAAAGGCUGACCACAAUGAUGGCUACCCUUUCGAUGGACCUGGAGGCACAGUGGCUCAUGCUUUCUUCCCAGGCGAGCACCACACUUCUGGGGAUACCCAUUUUGAUGAUGAAGAAUCUUGGACAUUCCGAUCAUCAGAUGUUCAUGGUAUGGAUCUGUUUGCCGUGGCAGUUCAUGAAUUUGGUCAUGCUAUUGGACUGACUCACAUUUCUGAUAUGGAGUCUAUAAUGAGGCCUUAUUAUCAAGGACCAGUGGGUGACCCUUUGAAAUAUGAUCUACCCUACGACGACAAAGUUAGAAUAUGGCAACUCUAUGUUUCCUACAUGGCUUCUAAUACUUCACCCUCUCUCACCCCAGGAGUCCGAGAGUCUGUGUCACCAACAGCAAAACCAGAAAUAUUCAGAGGUGAAGAUCAUCCGUUUUUGCCCGAUCUGCCAGAGAACCGCUCUACCAUACAACCAAGAAAAGAUGAGCCUGACAGAUGCAACACACAUUUUGACGCUGUGGCUCAGAUCCGAGGAGAAGCUUUCUUUUUCAAAGGGAAGUAUUUCUGGAGACUCACGCGAAACAAGCAUUUGGUCUCUCUCCAGCCGGCUCAGAUUCAUCGUUUCUGGAAGGGGUUACCGCUAAACAUGGACAGUGUUGAUGCAGUCUAUGAGAGAACAACUGAUCACAAAAUAGUUUUCUUCAAAGGAGAUCGAUACUGGGUUUUCAAAGAUAAUAACGUCGAGGAAGGAUACCCUCGUCCAAUUACAGAUUAUGGAUUGCCUCUAGGGGGUGUAGAUGCUGCCUUCUUCUGGUCCCACAAUGAUAAAACAUAUUUCUUUAAGGAUAACCUUUUCUGGUGUUACGAUGACCGUGAACACAGAAUGGAUGAUGGAUAUCCAGUGGAGGUUACAUUAUGGAAGGGUAUCCCAACCGUUUUGGAUGAUGCUAUGAGCUGGUCAGAUGGGGCAGCAUAUUUUUUUCGCGGCAAAGAAUACUGGAAAGUGGUUGACAGUAACAUGGAAGCCGACCAAGGAUACCCACAACCCAUUGCAAGAGACUGGCUGGUGUGCAGUGACAUGCAAGCUGAUGGACCAAGCUCUGAAAGCAGUCGAACUGGGGCACGAUCCAGGCAGGGCCAGCAGGACGAAAGUAGAUCAGAGAAUGGUUACGAGGUCUGUUCUUGUACAUCGUCAGCAAAGUCUGUCUGCACCAGCAUACCAACUGACUUUACACUGGUCCUGACAGUUAUCCACCUAUUCACAGUAGCCUUGGUCUCAUUCCUAUGAUGCGGUGAGCGAAAGAACUUUAUACUUAUACAAGAGACAAGAGGAAUUUCAUCAAAAUGAUCCUCUGGGUGCCGCUUCCCAGUAGGUCAAACAUUCCGAGGAGCUUGGAAGUGAAUGAUACCAAAUUCUCCAUGAGAAAUUACCUUUUAUUUUUAAGAUAAUGUUCUAUAAACUGGUGCUCGAUUUAUUUGGAUAUGGAUUGGGAACUGUCAGUGCGAGCUACAGUAUAUAUAUAAGUAAAUCUCAGUGAAAGUAAGACGUUCAGAAACGUCCUUUCUGUGACCCAUAAAGGAAAACCUCUAUUUCUGUUUCAUAGUACAUUUUAAAUGCAAAAUAGCGCCCAAAAUGGCCUCCAUAAUUGGCAGAGCUAGUGUAUUUCCUGAGCUCAUUAAUUCUAAAAAUUCUCACACAGUCAAGAAGAAUGAUUCUAAAAUCCUGGUCUAAAAAAUAAUGGUGCAAGACGUUGGUCCUUUACUCAUUUUGGAAAAUCAGUUGUGGUUGGUUUUAUAUAUAUAUAUAUUAUGGGGCAAAGUGCUAAAAAUGGAGCAAACUGGACCAAUCCCUUUGUUUCCAUUGUGCUUGCACCAUUUUUAGAAAAUAGAGUAAGAAUCAUCUACACAACGACUAAAGGACUGUAUUCCAAAUAAUUGUGAUAUUUUAUCAUUUUGUUUCUCUGCAAAUCUCCCAUUAAUUGAUAAUAUGUAUAUACGGACAUGUACUAUUUAAUAGAAGGUAAUUAUAUCUUGACAUCAAUUAUAUUUGUGUUAUUCAAACUCCUGUGUGAAACUGGGCUACCAAAUAGUUUUGAUGCAUAGUCGGAUAGAAGUUAUAUAUGGUAGCAUAAAGUUUGAAAAGGUGGCCCUACAUUCAUACAGCUAUUGCUUGCUGAUAAUUACCUGUGUUCCUCCAGAGAGCUCUAUUAAUUAUCAUUUAUGUUUGGCUUCUGAAUGAAGGUGAGAAAGGAUUAUCAUGGAGUUGAAGACAGAUUGGCGCCCAUGUGUUGAAUAUUAACUUUAGACCAACCAAAGAAGUCCUUGGUCCCACACCAUAAUAGAUGGGAAAUAAAAUUGAAUUCUAAAAAUAGAGUAUGUAUUUUUUUUUUUUUUUUUUUUUUUUUUAAACUUCAGGGAUGUUAUGGAAAGGGCAUGCUAACCACAUGCUUUAAUACUGAGACUAGUCUGUAUGGCACUUUUGUACAAAGCAACCCCACUUAAAGGGGACAUCUGGUUGUCUUAAUAUAGAUUGCACAUAUUUUUUGAAGAUGUAGUUUGAAAACCACGGGAAAGAUAGGGUGAUGCGAACCAAAAAGAGAUUAAAAGGGGAACCAUCAAUUUCCCAGGAUUUUUAAUAUUAUAUUUACGUAUCCCCUAUAUUUAACAAAUAUGUGUUGGUGAGGUCUGGAAAAUAAAAUUUUAUGUAGAAAUAUAGACCAUUCUUUGUUCUUGCUCCCUGUGUUAUAAGCUCUUCCCUUCUAUGGCACUGAAUAUAAUUAUAGGUGGACGAGAAAAAAAAACAAUGUUUUUGUGUCUCCUCCAAAACACGUGCCUUGGCUGUGCCAGGACUGAAUUGCAUUUUGAUGUCAAUUGCUAAAUCUUUAACAUGGAUUUAGAAGUAAACCGCGCAUCACCUAAAAAAAAAAGAAAAAAAAAAAAAAAAAAAGGUUAUCACAAGUUAUAGGUGUAUUCCAACAAUAUAUUUAAAGGGACUCUCCAGGCUAAGUCUUUUACUCACCUGGUUCCAGCGCCGGGAGCCUUGUGAAGCCGCGACCCCUACUUCGUCACAAUGACGAAAUAGGCGGGCGCGAGCAGGGAGCA